AUGCAUCACCAGUUACUUCAACCUCUCCGUCUCUGCGCCAGUCGCCGCCUUACAUCUCACGGCAAGACUCUCCAUGCCAACAUCCUAAAGCUCGGCCUCGACCGCUAUGGAGCCCUUCCGAAUACCCUCAUUUCCAUGUACGGCAAAUGCGGCCUCAUCAAAGACGCCGUCCAACUGUUCGACGAAAUGCCUCAACGAGACGUAGUAUCAUGGGCUUCUAUUCUCACAGCCUACAACCAAUCCAACCUCCCUAACCAUGCCCUCUCCCUCUUCCCCUUCAUGUUCACUCGAGAUUCCUUGCAACCCGAUCACUUCGUUUUCGCUAGCUUACUGAAUUCCUGUGCUGCCUUAAACGCGCUACGAAUCGGACAACAAUUGCACGCCCAAUUCAUGUUAUCCCCAUUCUCAUCUGACGAUGUUGUCAAAUCCUCCUUAGUUGACAUGUAUGCAAAAUGUGGAUCGGUGGACACUGCACGUUCUGUUUUCGAUUCAAUUUCUUCAAAAAAUCCGAUCUCUUGGACUACUCUGAUUUCCGGGUAUGCUCGGAGUGGAAGAAAAUCAGAAGCUGUCGACCUUCUUCGAGACAUGAAGGAAUCAGAUCUUUUCUCAUGGACUGCUUUAGUCUCUGGAUUAAUACAAAGUGGUCACUUAAUCAGCGCCUUUCAUCUCUUCAUCGAAAUGAGAAAAGAAGGAAUCAAAAUCAUCGACCCCUUUAUUCUCUCCACCAUCAUCGUAGCUUCUGCUAAUCUCUCAUCACUCGAACUUGGUAAACAGGUUCAUUCUUUAGUUCUCAAACUCGGUUUUCAAUCCAGUUUAUACAUCAGCAACUCCCUCAUCGACAUGUAUGCAAAAUGUAGCGAUAUAAUCGCAGCCAAAACUACAUUCCAUGGUAUUCUUACAAAAGAUGUAGUCUCAUGGACUUCAAUCAUCGUGGGGUUAGCUCAACAUGGAAGAGCUCAAGAAGCAUUAUCGCUAUACGAUGACAUGGUAUCCACUGGAAUCAAACCAAACGAGGUAACAUUUAUUGGCUUGAUUUAUGCUUGUAGCCAUGUAGGUUUAGUUUCCAAAGGUCGUGAUCUUUUCAAAUCGAUGGUUGAGUGUUACAAAUUAAACCCUAAUCUUCAUCACUACACAUGUUUACUAGAUCUAUAUAGUCGAUCAGGGCAUCUAAACGAGGCUGAGAAUUUACUCAACUCCAUGCCUUUUGAAAUCGAUGAGGCUGUUUGGGCUUCUUUUUUGAGUUGUUGUAAGCGAUUUGGGAAUACCCAAAUGGGAAUUAGGGUUGCUGAUCGUGUAAUGGAGUUAGGUGUUAAAGAUCCUUCAACUUUCAUAGUGUUAUCUAAUGUUUAUGCGGGUGCUUUUAUGUGGGAAAAAGUAGCAAAAGUUAGGAAGAUGAUGGUGUCCAUGGAUGUAAAGAAAGAACCUGGUUAUAGUUGUGUUGAUUUAGGUAAAGAAAGUGAGGUUUUUUAUGCGGGUGAGAUGUGUCAUGUAAUGAAAGAUGAGAUUUUGGUUUUGCUUAAGGAUUUAGAUGAGGAAAUGAGGAGAAGAGGAUAUGUUCCUGAUGUUAGUUUUGUGUUGCAUGAUUUUGGGGAUUAA